GCGGAGCGGCGGGGCCAGACCGAGCUGGGAGCGAUGGCGGCGGCAGCCUACGAGCUGCUGGUGCUGGGAGGCGGCUCCGGGGGGCUGGCGGGGGCCCGGCGAGCGGCUGAGCUCGGUGCCCGGGUUGCGCUGGUGGAGCCGCGGCGCCUCGGCGGUACCUGCGUCAAUGUUGGGUGCGUGCCAAAGAAGGUGAUGUGGAACACGGCGGUUCAUGCAGAAUUUAUCCACGAUCACGCUGACUACGGCUUCGAAACACCCAGUGUCAAGUUUAACUGGAGGACCAUCAAGGAGAAGCGUGAUGCGUACGUGCGACGCCUCAACGACAUCUACGAGARCAAUGUCAAGAAGGCUCAGAUCGACAUCAUUCGUGGCUAUGGCAAGUUCACYGCUGAUCCUGAGCCCACCAUCGAAGUGAAUGGGAAAAAGUACACGGCCCCUCACAUCCUCAUAGCCACGGGUGGGCGCCCGGCCGUCCCUUCUGACAGCGAAAUUCCUGGUGCCAGCCUGGGGAUGACCAGUGAUGGAUUCUUUGACCUGGAGGAGCUGCCCAGGCGCAGCGUCAUUGUCGGGGCUGGCUACAUCGCUGUGGAGAUUGCGGGGAUCCUGUCCACRCUGGGCUCCAAAUCCUCCCUGCUCAUCCGCCAGGACAAGGUCCUGCGCACCUUUGACUCCCUGAUCAGCUCAAACUGCACCCAGGAGCUGGAGAACACCGGGGUGGAUGUCUGGAAGCACACUCAGGUCAAGAGGGUCACCAAGUCCUCGUGUGGGCUGCUGGAUGUGACAGUGAGCUCAGCAGUGCCCGGCCACAAGCCGACUGAGGGGGUGAUCCGGGAUGUGGACUGCCUGCUGUGGGCCGUGGGGCGGGAGCCCAACUCCGAGGGGCUGUGCCUGGACCAAGUGGGUGUGCAGGUGGAUGCCCAGGGUCACAUAGUGGUGGACGYGUACCAGAACACCAGCAGGAGAGGGAUCUACGCCCUCGGGGACGUGUGUGGCAGAGCCCUGCUCACCCCAGUGGCCAUUGCAGCUGGCAGGAAGCUGGCCCACAGGCUCUUYGAGGGCAAGCAGGACUCGCGGCUGGACUACGAGAACAUCCCCACYGUGGUGUUCAGCCACCCGCCCAUCGGCACCGUGGGACUCACCGAAGAGGAGGCCGUGGCCGCUCACGGGAGGGAAAACGUGAAGAUCUACAGCACUUCCUUCACUCCCUUGUACUAUGCUGUCACCCAGAGGAAGGUGAAGUGUGUCAUGAAGCUGGUGUGUGUUGGCAAGGAKGAGAARGUGGUGGGAUUGCACAUGCAGGGGCUGGGCUGUGACGAGAUCCUGCAGGGCUUCGCCGUGGCCAUCAAAAUGGGGGCCACCAAGGCCGACCUGGACAACACCGUGGCCAUCCACCCCACCUCUGCCGAGGAGCUGGUGACACUGCGCUGAGCCUGCGGGCACAGGGACCCUGGGGAUGGCAGCUGCGGCCUGGGAGAAAUGUUUGAUGUGUUUUUGAAGUGCCUUAGUGCUGGAUGGGGGCUGCAGGGGCGUGUCUGUAACGCGAGUGUGCUGUGGAAUAGAAGUAAAGGCGCUGAUGCUGGCGAGUCU